AUGUUGCUUGCGAUGUGGAGGGAGAAGCGUGACCGUAGGCAUUUCAAGUGUAUGCAUUUGCUGCCAGUCGAUGAUGAGGAGCCUCCUCUCGACUAUGGCGACAAUGUCUUGGAUGUCAAUUUUCUCAAAUCUAUUCAGCUAGAGCUUGAUCAGGAGGAGGAUGCUGCCAUUUGCGAGUGGUUCUUCUACGAUACGAAACACCUUCUUGAUACUCCUCACUUCAACAAGCCAUCGUGCAACAAUUUGAGCUAUUUUUUCAACAAGAAGUCAUUCUUCACAGCAAAGGCUUUGAACAUGGCAAUCCCUGGUGGUCUGAAGUUUGAGCCAUUGUACUGGGAUAUGGACACGUUCGACGAAGAUUGGAAUGAGUUCGGUGAUAUCAAAAAGGUCAUCAUCCGUCAGCAUAUUCGGACAGAGUUCAAGGUCACCUUCUCUCACCUCUGCAACUCAUUACCACGCUCCGUGCACAUUUCCCCCUAUCACACACCGAAGAACGUAUACAUCCAUACCGAUGACCCCGGUCUGCCCGCUUUCUAUUUCGAUCCUCUCAUCAACCCAAUUUCUUCGUGGGUUAUGUCAAAGAACACACCAUUGGUAUUGCACGAGGACAUUAUCUUUGGCCCGAAUGAUGCGGAUGAUGAUGACUUCCAAUUACCAGAAGAGAUCGAGCCAUUUUUGAAGACAAACCACUGCCAAACGACAUCACUGCAGACACUAUCGCUCUCUGGACGCAUGCAGUGUGUGCAGGAUGUGCCACUCGUGAAGAACUGGUAUCUUGCACAUUGUCCGCCCAAUCAGCCGCUGAAGGUCUGCGUGUCAUAUCAGAAGUUACUCAAGUGCUCUGUCCUGAACGAGCCAAAGACACAGCCAGAGAAGACUACUCACCUUGAUUGGGUCGAGGCUGGUCUUCAGGUCUGCCGGCAAGGUUACAACAUGUUGAACCUCUUCAUUCACUGCAAGGACUUGAACUAUUUGCACUUGGAUUACAAUGUGAAUCCCAAGCCAGUGAAGACAUUCAUUGAUGAUCAAGGAGCGUAA